AACCGGAAGUCGUUGACGGCUUGUGUUUAGUUGCUAAGCUGCGGGACGGUGUUGUGUUGUUGUGUUGUUGUGGUCUCUCCUCCGGCGCACAACACCUAUUUACCAACAAGUCAACAACAACCGGCUUCCUGCUGAAGAGGUACCACGGAUGUACUCUGAGGAUCUGGUCGGAGAUGAAGGACCAAACUACAGGAAUCUAACUCAAAGUUAGCGAAGAGGCUAAUUAGCCUAGCGAGCUAACGCAGUAGCCGCGGACAGUGAGCCAAACUCCUCACCAAGGUCCACAUUCCUCCAGUAUGUGAACUGGAGGACUGGAUGUUGCUUCCAUUAAUCCCGAUCAGCCAAGACGCUAAUGAGAGGGGUCACGUUUAAUACACCUUAAAACAAAGACGCAAGCCCCCCCCCGCUCUGGCACCAUGGCUGGGGCCCACGCCACCAAGACCUCCUGGAGACUGCAGGAGUUUGUGGCCCACUCCAGUAACGUGUCGUGCUUGGCUCUGGGGAAGAGCUCAGGCCGUCUGCUGGCUACUGGAGGGGAGGACUGCAAGGUCAACAUCUGGGGUGUCAACAAAUCAAACUGUAUUAUGAGUCUCACUGGCCACAACAACCCGGUGGAGUGCAUCCAGUUCAACAGUUCAGAGGAGCAGGUGGCGGCUGGCUCCCAGUCUGGAUCUCUGCGUGUCUGGGACUUGGAGGCCGCCAAAAUCCUGCGUUCUCUCUCGGGACACAAGGCCAAUAUCACCAGCCUGGACUUCCAUCCGUUCGGGGAUUACUUGGCCUCCGGCUCCAUGGACACAAACAUCAAGGUCUGGGAUGUGCGGAGAAAGGGGUGUGUCUUCACGUACAAGAGCCACAGUCAGGCGGUGAGGUAUCUCGCUUUCAGUCCAGACGGCAAAUGGCUGGCGUCCGCUGGGGACGACAGCACUAUUAAGCUGUGGGACGUGACCGCGGGGAAGAUCAUCACGGAGUUCACCGCCCACACGGCCGCAGUCAACAUCAUCCAGUUCCACCCCAACGAGUACCUGCUGGCGUCGGGGAGCUCAGACAGAACCAUCAAGCUGUGGGAUCUGGAGAAGUUCAAGAUGAUCGGCUCGUCCGACGUGGAAACCGGCGCGGUCAGGUGUGUCCUCUUCCACCCUGACGGUGGCUGCCUGUACUCCGGGGCCUCCGACUCGCUGCGGGUCUACGGCUGGGAGCCUGACCGCUGCUUCGACGUGGUGCCCGUGGGCUGGGGCAAGGUGGCCGACAUGGCCAUCUGCAACAACAAGCUGAUCGGCCUGUCCCACCACCAGACCAACGUGUCCUCCUACCUGGUGGACCUGACCAGGGUCAAGAGGUCCGGGGGCGCCGUGGUCCAGCCCACAGAGCCCUCCCCCAAGGGGUCCACCCUGCGCCGCAGCUACGAGCGACCCAUGACCACCUGCAGCGGCCCUCAGAGGGUGAAGCAGAGCUCAGAGUCGGAACGACGCAGCCCCAGCAGUGAAGACGAGAAGGAGGAGAACGAGUCCGCUGCCGAGAUCCGGAACGCCGACGACUACCACGAGAUCUUCCAGCCGAGGAACGCUAUCUCGCGCUCUCCUCCCAAGCCCGGGGACCUGUUCCCUGCCCCUAUGGAAGAUGAGACCUUCAUAGUGAGAGCCAGCUCGGUGAAGGAAGCUAUGACCCCCAUGCCUGAGAAGCAACAGAACUCGUUCCACAAGGGGCCCGAGGUGCUGGGGGACGAGGAGGCGCAGUCCCAGAUCAAGAAGGGCCACGACACCAUGUGUGUGAUGCUGAGCAGCCGGCAGAAGAACCUGGAGGCCGUGAAGGCUGUGUGGGGCAGCGGUGACGUCAAGAACUGCCUGGACAUGGCGGUGGCCAUGAACGACCGCUCCAUCGUGGUGGACCUCCUCAACAUCGUCAACCUCAAACCGGUGCUGUGGAAGCUGGACCUGUGUACGUCCAUCCUCCCCCAGAUUGAAGAGCUGCUGCAAAGCAAAUAUGAGAGUUACGUCCAGACGGGUUGCAUGUCGCUGAAGCUGAUCCUGAAGCGCUUCUGGCCGCUCAUCUCGGAGACGCUGAAGGCCCCGCCCUCUGUGGGCGUCGACAUCACCAGGGAGGAGCGGCUCCAGAAGUGCAAGGCAUGCUUCAAGCAGCUGAAGAACCUGAGCAACGUGGUGAAGACCAAGGCCGACCAGGUGGGUCGCCACGGCAGUGCCUUCAAAGAGCUGCAGCUCCUGCUGGCCCCGUUGGACUACUGACCCCCGCCGGCCUACUGACAGUGAUCCCACAAGAAGAAAGAGGGGAGACCGGGCCUUAAACACGCCUCCCGCCGCCUCGGGGAGCCAAUCACAACGUCUCUAUCGGGACGGGAGCCGAUGCUAAAUGGACAGUGGUGACCGCGUUUGGAGGCAUCAGCGUUGAAACGCCUCACUGCUUCACUGUCGUUAUCGAGGCACUAAUGAAUCCUGCCAGUAUAAAUGUGUGUCUGUGAGUCGGGGGCGGGGCUCUGUGGGGCCGGCCAAUCAGAAACGUAUAAGGCCUUGCGUAGUAUAGUGGGGAAAUGGGACACAUCAACGCAACUCGUCAUCGCUCGGACAGCAUGUUUUAAUUUAAACAUGCUGUGGAGUCGUGAGACACACAAGUAAGGGACAGCCGUUCUUCCUGAGACACGUGAUUGCACAAAGCGCUGAAAUCUGGGCACUGACGAGUUGAUGCUUCAAUGUUAUUUAAAACAUCUAUCAGGAUUAUUUUUUACUUGAUGAAACUGUAUAGAAGCGCUCCUUUUAAAUGUAGUUGACAAUGAAAGAUUUUAUUUGUUCCUAAUAAAACGGUAGAACAUGUGAAUGUCUUAUGUUGAGCAUAAAGGGGGUACCCUACAUAUGAUGGGUUGCUGGUAUGUUGACAAUAUCCGACCUACUUAUACACACACGUUAACCUCAUACAUGAUAUUAACUAGGUUUGAGAGCUUAUUGAAUUGAGUAUCG